AUGAAAAAAGCAGAGCCUGCAAAAGCUAACACUGCAUCGCCGCCACGCACUGAACCCGAUGAUCCUCAGUCAAGAAUCAUGAUCUCGUACUUAAAAGAGAACGUCCCGGUGUUUCGAGAGCUUUGUGAACUCCGACAGAAGGGAUGGGAAAACUCAAAAGGCGACCGUUACUUCACGAAGCAGCGCAGCAUAGCAGACAAGCCAAGUCUCUCAAGCCGUGAGCAUUUCUUUCGUCUGAUGAAGGACAUAGGCCAGGAGAUUCAUGACGCCACGGGUGCAUUGCGGAUAAAAGGGGCACAGCCAGGCAAUAUUCUCGAUAUGUGCGCUGCACCGGGGGGUUUUCUUGAGAUCACACUGCAGUUGAAUCCCGAUGCACGGGCUCUAGCUAUCAGUCUGCCGAGUACGAAAGGCGGGCAUCCGUUCCGCAUGUCCAUCGACCGGCGCAUCGAAACCAAGUAUCUGGAUCUCACCAUGCUCGCUGCCGAUAUGGGUGUGGUAGAGAUCUCAAAAAGCCAUCCCGACGCUGCGAACUUCCUGCCGAAGCAAUUUGGGCCAGAUCAAGUGUUCGAUCUUAUUCUGUGUGAUGGUCAAGUGCUCAGAACGCAGGACAGAGCCGCCUAUCGCGAGCAGACGCGAGAGCGACGCAGAUUGGUUAUUUCCCAGCUAGUACUUGGACUGGAACAUCUUCGCCCUGGUGGAACCAUGGUCAUUCUUCUUCACCAUCUCGAAGGUUAUGAUGUCGUGAAAUUGGUGUAUGCUUUCAGUCGCUUUUCUUCCAUCCGGCUCUACAAACCAACUAAGGGACACACCACGCGCUCUUCAUUCUAUCUGUUGGCAAGCGACGUACAGAACACCAAUUCACAGGCCACCCGUGCGAUCAAGGAAUGGAAGGACUUCUGGUAUACUGCCACGUUUGAGACGGAGGAAAUGUAUGUGAAGGCACUCACAGACGGUAUUGGCGCGGAAGCAAUCAUCGAGGCGUUCGGUCGUGAACUCAUCAAGCUCGGAACAGAGGUUUGGUCGAUACAGGCGAAGGCGCUGAAGAGAGCUCCUUUCACCAAGUGA